UCAGAUAUUGAGAGUAUUUGUGAAAGGUUCCCAGCUGAAGUACAAGGUUAUCACAUCUCUGAUAUCUAAUCCCCAGUGCGAGAUAUGACAAUGAACUCGAUGGACGUUAUAUUCUAUAUUGCAUCUGCAAUAGUUUUCCUUGCAUUUGUAGAUAAUACCACAGCAUGUUGCAGAACUUCCGAACUCCAAAAUGAAGUAAACGAUUUGAAGAAGCGACUUGAAACGACACAGACAGAACUCGACCGUCAAAAUCAAAGGAUAAAUGAUCUUCAGAAAAAUGGAACCAUGUCUAGCCCACUCAGUACUCACGUGUUAGACAAUAGUAGAGGACUCCCUGGAGAUGGUAUUGCUGUCACACUGUACAAACUACAAGGGGAUGAUUUCGUGGUCAUCAAGAAAGACGUGACAAACUCUGAUGGUAGAGUUCCAGGGUUACUAACUGAUGAACAAUUCACCGCAGCAACUUACAAACUGAAGUUUGAGACGAAGGAAUAUUUUGAUAGACUGGGAAUGCAAACAUUCUAUCCUUACGUGGAGACAACCUUUACAGUUAUGGACCCGAAAAGCCACCAUCACGUACCAAUUCUGCUAAGCCCCUUUGCUUAUUCCACAUACAGAGGAAGUUAAUUUUGAUUCAAAACAUAGACUACAUAGACAUGAUAGAAGGCGUUUGUAUAAAAGCCGUUAAUAUCAAUUCAGUGAUCUCCCUAGCACUAAAGCAAGUGGGCGCAGCACCCA